UCUCUCCCUCAUCCUUAUUCCAAUUUCGAUAGAAAUUUUCUAUUGCGCAUGCGUUCGACCUCGAUGCUUUUCGCGCCGCAGGAACUCGACACGCGAAAUUCAACGAAGACGAGGAACAGUCAGCGUCGAGCAGCGUUUCCGCUCCGCUUGUGCGUUCCUCCGCGAGAGGACGAGAUGAGUCCUCUCAUCCUCGUAUCAAUUCUUUCCAAAUCUUCGACACCUCUCGAAAAAUCGUGAAACGUUUGUACGAUACGAUAAAAAGGAAAUAGAAAAAAACAAGAGAAGAAAAAAAAACGGAAAAAAGAAAAAGAAACAAGAAAGCAAAAAAAGAAGAAGAAGAAACAGAAACGAAUAAUAAGAAUACAUAAAAACGACGAUAGGGGUGUGCGCCCGCGCGCGCAUACGCAAGAAACUCAGAUUCAUGCUGGUUUAUUUCGGAUCUUUUAUUUUCUCAUUCUUAUCAUUUUCACGCCCGAUUCGAUUUCGACGAGGGUGCGUAAGGUCGCACACGCGUUCGAAGCAUGGCCAUCAUGCAAUCCUGUUGCUGCUGGCAAUCAGUUCGCAGAGGGAGUUACGCUUGUGCCAUUUAUACCGGAAUUUACUUUAUUAUCUUAGCCAUCACAACUGGAACAAUCUUGCAAGCAGAAAGUGAAUAUUUAUCUGGAAAUCGCUCAUUACCAGAAUCGUCGAGUUUCUUAGAAUCUGAUACAAUAUCACCUACUACUGUACGAUUCAACAUAACUCUGUUGAUAUGUUCGUGUUUUGGUGUAAUCUGUUGUAUUCUUCUUGUAUACGGUUUAUUCAAGGACAAACGAAUCUUCCUCUUGCCAUGGAUCGUUAACGUGAUCACUUGCAGUAUGAUCGACAUUGCGCACGCUUUGUAUCUCAUCAUCGUGACAACCAACUUUAAUCCAAUAACGGCAAUGCUCUACACGCUCAACUUUUUUCUUCUAUGUUUAAACGUGUAUUCUGUCCUCUGCGUCAUCUCGCAAUAUCAAGAAUAUUUGGCCGGUCGUGGUACGGCAGCGGAUGACACCGACUACAGGGUCAGUAUUCUGAGAGUCUCACGACGGAAAGGGCAACGGGAUAAGGGAAGAAAAGUUCCAGUGGUGAGAUACGUGGUACAACCGACGACAACUGCGACAUCCUGUUUGAGCUCACGAAGAGCACCGACCAAUAACGAGACGAAAGAAACACCAACGCCAACCCAAAGUCCAACCGCGGCACGAAAUGUUCUUUCAUGUCCUGAAAAGAGUCCUACGGUGGGACGAACACAUAAGAAGCACGUUCAAUUUCCGGACACGCCAACACCAACAUCAAGUUCGACGCCAACGGCAAUACCGAUGUCCCUGGAAAAAUCGGAAAUUCCUCUGACGGACUCCAAUACAAAAUAUACCAUGGAUAUAGGAAUUUCUUUUGAAACACAUUAAUAAUUAAUCAUUGAUUAAUUGUUUCAAACACAAGCUGGUAGUUAAAAUUCUCGCUGGGUGAGAUUCUCUAUUCAUCUUUCGCGAUCGAUCGUUUUUACUAGGACAAUCUAUUCUACAAAGGACUUCGUUAAAUUAUCACGUCGCGAAUCGUUAAUACUCAAAAUAUUACGCUACUACAAAAUAAUUGAACUUGCAAUGAACCAACGGUACCUGUUGUUUGUACAUGUAUAUAUUUUUUAGAGAUAUAAAAAGAAAUGUAACAUUUUUCAAUAAAUCAUCUAUAUAUGAAA